AUGAAGCAGGUCACUUGUGUCAAGUUGCGUUUUGCUGAACGAAUUCUUGGCCCAGAACCGUUUGGCACCGGUUACGCAGACCGCCCCUGUAUCGAGACAGUGCUCAGUGUGCCCUGUGGCAAAGCGGCCUUCGGCAGCACCAUGGCAGCCAGAGCGUGGGCAGAUGAGACCUCGUCCAUGGGAUCGCUCGGGGAACGCAUCGAAGCAGACGUCUGCUCAAACGAGGCCGUGGGCUCCCCGACCUUUGGGUCAGAAGGGGAGAGCUUUCCCACGGUGCCACCGCCCUUGCCUCGUGUUGGCCCGGUGGUCAACCCGGCGGCUCGCAGGGUGCCGGGCUUCUGGCUACCCAGAGCAGUGCGUUUGCCACGCCUUGGACCGAAUGGAGCCAGGCAACCUUUGCUUUUGCGCCCAGGCCAAGCUCCGAACGUCCGGGCCGCGUCGGAAGCUUUGCAGUGGGCGUGCUUCCGGGCAUGGCUCUUGACCCACGGUGUGCACCAGAUGCCAGCCAUACUGGCCAUCAUGCUGGUGGCCUAUGUGCGCGCCAUGCUGUCGUUGCAGCCGCAAGAUUUACAGUUGCUUGACGGCCUGCGCACCAGCCUGCUCCACCAGUGGCGCUACUUGCGCCGCAUGCCCUUCUGGAUUUGGCGCUUGCUGGCUGUAAGACGUCGGAUGCCGAGCUGCGCAGAAGAGGCGUGGGAGCUCAGCAAGGCAGUCUUUAGGGAGCAGUUUUUGGCCCACCUGGGCUUCAACUCGGGCCCGGCAGUCUUUAGGGAGCAGUUUUUGGCCCACCUGCGCUUCAACUCGGGCCCGGCGCGGCCGGCAGGUGCAGGCCGCUACUGGUGCGCAGGCACUGUGCUGUGCACUGUUCUUGCACUGCCUCGACGCAUUUUGAUUGAUCUCCGCAGAGUUCCAUCCAUGACGGCCAGAACGCAGACAUGCAAUGGCAGUCACUCCUGUGCCUGGGUGCCGCAGCCGAUUCUCACAAGGCGGGCGGUACUUGCACAGACCGCCGUGCCAGCUAAGUGCAACGGAAAGACCGAAAAAGCACGGGCGGUAUUUGCACAGACCGCCUUGCCAGCUAGGUUUGUUGGCAUGGCGUUUGCUCUACACAGUGAGUACAUGCAGGGCAACGUUGAUGUGGCCUUUACGCACAGUGACAAGCCAUGGCCGGCGGAGGUAGAGGAGGCCAUGGAAAGAGCAAGAACCAUUCCUGGGAGCAAGUGGCGCAGUUACGCGCGCAUCAGCGACCGAGCCGGCAUUUUUCUACGAGAGUAUGUCAAGGUCAGUGAUUUCGCCUGUCACACUUCCUUUGGGCAUCGAUGGUUCCAUGUCUGGGAACACUUGCAAAGGUCUCCUUAUCCGCAGGAUCCCUAUCGGUUUGCCGUUGUUAAGGACUACAACUUCGUGACGCUGGCCGUGAGCUGCAAGGUGCAGAACCUGGGCCCGGGCUUCACUGCAGAAUAUGCUUUGUGCAGCGGCCGCAUCUUUGCAACACAUACCUUUCGGCAUUUUGUUCCUGCCAUCACCGUACGGGACAUUCAGCGUGCGGCACAAAAGCUCGCGCUGCGAAAAAGGUUGUUGGAGAGCCCGACCCAGCCCAUGGAGAUGUUGUUUGAUGGCUUCCACUUCCCGCUGCCAAGCGCCGUCAGCAUUUGGACCACCAAAGCGUCCACUGCGCCUCCGGAGCCUUCUGCCAUGGCGGUGCAACAGCAGCGCCUGCAGCAGUGGAUGGGCUACCUGAAGGCCUUGACCUUCGACGAGCUUGAUGAGCUGUCCAAAGGAGAUUCGACCAACAGACUGAACCGUGUGCUCGGGCUGACCGCCCCCAUGACGAUGUCUGAGUACAUGCAGAGGCACAGCAAACGGGAUCGUCCCCAGAGACCACCCGAGUCGGAGACCACAACGGACAACGAUGACAUCGAGACAGACAGCAGUGUGACGGCCUGCGCGGCAUUCUUAGCACAGGAACUGCCCGCCGGCUUGGUUCUAGGCUGGCAAGCCGAAGACCGGGAGAGCCGUCUGUCGCCGAAAACCGCAGGAGCCGUUCUCAAAGCACAAUUUUCCCAGUCGGACGCGUCGAGCCCGAAGACGGCCCCAGACAGCUUCCACGAAAGGCAAAAACGCGCUGUGCCGCCCUGUUUGUAUUUGCCGAAAAUUUUGCAGGGAGGCAGGACGGCCCUAGAAACUCCCACGAAAGGCAAAAACGCGCUGUGCCGCCCUGUUUGUAUUUGCCGAAAAUUUUGCAGGGAGGCAGGAUGGCCGCAGGAGCUCCCACGAAAGGCAAAAACGCGCUGUGCCGCCCUGUUUGUGUUUGCCGAAAAUUUUGCAGGGAGGCAGGUUCCGAACACACUGGCCAGCUCCAGCAGAAGAAGUCUCUUUUGGAAAGGGGUUAUGCCCCCAUUUCUUCUCUACGCCAUUUUGGCGCAACUCUGGCGCCGCAAAGCCCCGAGCUUAAUACGCCAGGCAGUGCGGGUAAAUGCCCUGAAGGAAGCCCCUCAGGCGGAACCAGAAGGAGAGCAAGCGGACGCAGGAUGGAUGUGGGACGGGCCCUGGGAAGAAUGGAACCAGGAUCUCCAGACCCUCCUGCCCUGUGAGGCCCAAGCUAUUGACUUCGACUGGGCAAGCGCCCUACCGCCAGAGCUGCCAGUCGAGGGGGCGAAGGUGAUGUGCGGCCGGUGUGGGGAACACCUUCUUGUGAUCUACCUCUCCGCGCCGGUGGAGGAGGUCUACACCAGGACGCUGGAAGCCCUCUGCCAGGUCAGCAUCUGUCGCCGCCUCCUCCUCUUCCACGGCACAGCCGAUGGCAAAGCUCGGUGCUCGGACAAGUUCUGCCAUGUUUGCCAGCUGUGGAUGAGUAGUAGAGUAGGUGACCGGCUUGGCUAUGGGUGCCAUACUCAGGAUGACUCAGCACGUGUUAAGCUCAAUUUUGCCUUUCUGAGCUUUGAAACGCUGUUUUGGCAGCCCGGGACCUCUAAAGAGCUUAAUUUGGAGCAGAAAUUGACUUGGCAAAAGCUUGGAAAGGCCUCUAAAGAGCUUAAUUUGGGCUUCUGGGAGCUUUCUGGGAAAGGGGUCUA